GGCUCGAGUGAGGAGUAAGGAAGUAACAGCUGGCAAUAUUGGGCCUUUGAGUAAAGGCCCAUUUCGUUUGCCCACAUCAAAGCUUAAUUUGUUUUGUUCAGCGAUUGACUUCUCUGAAACCAUAAGGUUUGGGGGUUUAACGACGAGGGUUACCAGUCUCCACCAUUUUCCCCCGAAGAAGACGACGAAGCUUCAACCACUCUUUCCAUUAAUUCGCCUCUCGUUAUAUGAAUCGCACAGACUCAUUUUUCAUCACCCAAAAAUGCGUCGAAGCUUCUCUAUCUUAGCUCCUUGCAAAUGGCUCAAACAUUCUUCUGCUUGUACCAACGUUUACUGCUCCUUCACAAACCCCGUCCCUUCUAAACCUAACAUCUCUCCGAUUUCACGAUACCUCUCCUACUUCGCGCCUCAGCGACGACAGCAACAGUCCCCAGAUCCCGACGAUCCAGCGAAUCUACUGAAAGAAGACGGAGUCUCUCUCUGUUCUCAGAUGUGGCUCGAGAAUUUCAAAGAGCCGGACAAAACCGCGACCAAUUUGGCCUCGUACCUCCGGAAAUUCGAGCUAUGGGUAUUAGCUUAUCAGAAAGUCUCCUGUGACGAACUGGGUGCUUACGUGCCUCGUAGCUCGAUCCAGAGAUCAGCUCUAGAGAAUCUCUUAGCUCUUAGAAACUCUGUUCUCGAUGAUCGGUUUAAGUGGGGAGCUCGUUUGGAUUUCUAUAUAAAAUCUCCUAGGGAUAAAACCGAUUACGAGUCUUUAUCCAAGAGGAAGAUCAAAGCUAUCCUCACCACUACGCAACCUACUCCUUUCCAGGAUAGGAUUGUUCAAGAAGUCUUGCUGAUGAUAUUAGAACCGAUCUACGAAUCGCGCUUUUCGCAGAAGUCGUUUGCGUUUAGGCCAGGGAGGACCGCGCACACGGUUCUCAGAGUGAUUCGGAGGAACUUCGCUGGCUAUUUGUGGUAUGUCAAAGGCGAUUUGAGUGUGGUUUUGGAUGGGAUGAAGGUUGGUUUCGUAAUUAGCUCUCUGAUGAGAGAUGUUAGAGACAAGAAAGUGAUAGACUUGAUCAAAUCCGCGCUUGUUACUCCGGUUGUAACGACGAGCAGAGCUGAAGAUGGGGAGAAGAAGAAGACGACGAAGAGGAAGUACCAGAAGAAACGAGUUUUGGCCGACGACGAGCCUAAACCUGAUCCUUACUGGUUAGAGACGUUCUUCGGUUUCGCUCCUGAAGAAGCUAACAAGUCUCCGCAAUGGGGGCACUGCGGGAUUCUUAGUCCUCUUUUGGUUAACGUAUGCCUCGACGAGCUCGACCGUUGGAUGGAAACGAAAGUGAGAGAUUUCUACAAACCUUCGAAAAGCGAUGUUAUUUGGAACAACCCGGAAGGAGAAGCUGACCAAGGGAACACAUCGUGGCCUGAGUUUGUCCCCACGAGCGGUCCUGACAAGACGAGGAAGAUGGAUUACGUUAGAUACGGUGGUCAUAUACUGAUCGGGGUACGUGGACCACGAGCUGAUGCUGCGACGUUGAGGAAAGAGCUGAUUGAGUUUGUCGAUCAGAAGUAUAUGCUUAGGCUGGACAACGAGAAUCUCCCUAUAGAGCAUAUAACCAAAGGUAUAAUGUUUCUUGAUCAUGUCCUGUGUCGCCGAGUUGUGUAUCCGACUCUGAGGUAUACAGCCACGGGAGGGAAGAUCAUAAGCGAAAAAGGCGUGGGGACGCUUUUAUCCGUUACAGCGAGCUUGAAGCAAUGCAUCAAACAGUUUCGAAAACUGAAUUUCAUAAAAGGAGAUCGCGAUCCUGAUCCUCAGCCUUGUUUCAGAAUGUUCCACGCAACUCAAGCUCAUACGAACGCGCAGAUGAACAAGUUCUUGACGACUGUUGCUGAGUGGUAUCGGUUUGCGGAUAACCGGAAGAAGAUUGUGAAUUUCUGCUCUUAUAUCAUCCGUGGCUCGCUUGCUAAGCUUUAUGCUGCUAAGUAUAAGCUUAGGUCCAGAGCCAAAGUGUAUAAAGGCUCCGGUAGGGAUCUGAGGCGUCCGUUGAAGGAGAAGAAAGGUCUUUCGCCGGAAUAUAACAAUCUCUUGAGAAUGGGUCUUGCUGAAUCUGUCGACGGGCUUGUUUACACGAGAAUGUCUCUUGUUCCGGAAACGGAUUACUCGCCUUUUCCGGGUAACUGGAGACCCGAGCACGAGAAGUUUCUGAUGGAGUACUUGACGCUCGACGAGCCAAAGACGUUGGAAGAGCAAAAGAGGUUUAUUAGAGAGAAUGGACUCGUCUCGCCUCAGGAUUACACGUCGAUGCUGGUUUGGAACUAUAAAAGAAAUGCUAUUCCGAUGGAUCAGGUUUCGAUUCUAAAGGAUCAACCUUUCUUGUUGGGGUCGUCAAGUAACUUCAACCGCGACGAUGGUGAUGAUCAGAAGAAUAAAGAAGAAGACGAAGAUAGCGAUGAUGGGCUUCACAUUGCACGCAUAGGCUACGAACAUUGCUUCAACAGUGAGCAAGCCGCUUAUUACUGUAAUAAGCUCAUUUCAUUUCAACAUGUUUGUAAAAGCCAAAGGAAUCAGAAUCGUCUGAGACAAGUCAUCGUUCUGUUUCGUAAACGGAGAUUUCUGAGGCGUUUUGCUUUCUUUGAAUCCAGUUUCGCAAGUGCUCGGUGCAUCCAUCGCAGCACUCAUAACCGUAGCAGCAGUUUGGUAAUCGCGCGAUAUAACGCUCUUCAAAGCUUCGUU